AUGACGCCUGCGGAGGCAGGUUUACAGGGCGCGUGUCUGGAGAAGCCUACUCGUGAGCGGGCCAUCCAGCAGUAUGCUCUCGCGCACGAGCUGUCACCUUCCGAGGUCACCGACGACCUCUUGGAGAAGAGUGAGCUGGGGAUGGAGGGGUGGGCGUGCAGCGGCUUGGAUGUCAACGCCAGGGGCCCCGUGGGGAACGCGAUGUACCGGUCCUUCGGCAAGCACCCCAACAUGAAGGAGACGUACAAGUGGCUCUUCGAUGAUUUGAAACGCAAGUUUCGCUGCGCUUGGGCGACGCAUCGCAACUUCGACUUUGUGGUCAGCAAGCGCUUCCACGAGAAGCGGGAGAGCACCAAGCACCAGGAGCUGGGGUCCUUCAAGAGCGAGCUGCAGCUGCAAGCGCACCUUGGUGGAGUGGGCGUUCCGGAGGCGGAGAGGCAGGCCAAGUGCUACAUCAAGAACUGCGAGAAGUGGCCGGAAGUCUUCGUGAAGUGGAAUGACUGGACGGAGGCGUACAACUACCUGCUGGUGGAGAAGCUGGUGACAAGCACCAACGAGGAGAGCUGGAAGGAUGUCGUGGCCAUGCACGACUCGUCGGCCACCUUCGAGACAGAGUCUGUCAGGUGUAAGGCCAUGAGGAAGUUCGCGGCCUUUCACAACAAGGCGGUGGAGAGCUGCACCAUUGAGGAGGUGGUGGGCAGCCCGCACGGCAUUGCCGGUUGGGCCGAGAUGCAGAUUGCGGUGCCGGGCGUGGAUGACGGCGCCGGCUCAGCCCCGGGGACCCCUGCUCCCAACGCGAGCGAUCCAAAGGAGAAGCCAAAGAAUUCGAAGGCUCGUGGAGGUGCGAAGGGCGCCGCAAAGCCUAAGGCGAAGAAGGAGCUGAGCCAGGAGAAGGAAGCGGAGAAUUUUGCGAAGGAGAUGAUGUGCAAGGUGCAGAAGUCGCAGCAGAUUAUGGACAAGAUCCUGAACCUGGGUGACGACCUACCGUCGGCGUGGAAGUGGGCCAAAACUUUCUUGCAGGACUACGCGCAGCUUACCGCGGAGUUCAAGGAUGCUCUGAGCCCGAAAGAGGGCGACUCCCUGAAGGACUUUGUGGACGAGCUUCGCCUUACCCUCAUCAGCCCGGCAAAUCUCAAAACCUUCAAGAAGCUCUACGGGGACCGGUACUUGCCGUUGAUGUUGUUGUUCCGGGACCGCUGCCAGAAUAUAGUUGCCCAGACCCUCACCCGCAUUUGA